GCGUAGAUGAGAGAGAGUAUAGAGUCAGCAAUGAAAUGAAAUAGCAAUGGCAAUGCCGCCUCCCCUCCUCUCUUUAUAUCGCCAAAAUACAAAACUUGAUGAUCUCACCUUAAUUUCAGUCAGCACCCUCUAUUAACCCCCUCUAACUCUGUUAGAGAUAACCCCCAAAAUACAUGGGGGGUUAUCUUCACCCCCCCGGGUUAAAAAGGGGUGAACAAAAUCGCACUCCCCAAGUCCCAACCCAAACCCAACUUCUUAUUAGGCUAAGCCCCGCAUCCAUCCGUCUACUUUUAUAUCAAUCAAUCAAACCCUUUCCUUCUUUCACCUCUCCCUCACCACUCACUCUCUUAACUCGAAUUCGAUAUAUACAUCCAUCGUCCUCAAAAACUAUCAACAGCAGCAGCCGCUGCCGCCGCCGACACUAAUAUUCAUCUCCGGCUUGCUCCAGAUCCAGCACGUAGUCCCUGAUCUAUCUCCUCCGCUAUAUAUGGCUGAGAAGAAGGUUACGAUAAUGGUGCUUAAGGUUGAUCUUCAGUGCCCCAGCUGCUACAAGAAGGUCAAGAAAUUGCUCUGCAAAUACCCUCAAAUACGAAGCCAGAUCUUCGAUGAGAAGCAAAAUACGGUGACGAUCACCGUCGUAUGCUGCAGCCCCGAGAAGAUUCGCGAUAAGUUGUACUGCAAGGGUGGCAAGACCAUCAAGUGCAUCCAGAUCCUGGAGCCUCCCAAGCCUCCCAAUCCCAAGUCAGAUCCUCCUCCUCCCAAGAAAGAUCCUGCUCCCAAGGUAGAUCCCCCUCCUGCUCCCAAGGUAGAUCCUCCUAAGGUAGAUCCUCCGAAGAAAGAUCCUGCUCCCCCUCCUGCUCCUGCUCCCAAGGUAGAUCCUCCCAAGAAAGAUCCCCCUCCCAAGGUAGAUCCUCCCCCUCCCAAGGUGGAUCCUCCUCCUCCUGCAAAGAGGGUAGAUCCUCCACCUCUACUGCCUCCAGCCCCAGCCCCAGUCCCCGUAAGGGUAUGUUGUGGGUCGUGUUAUGAAGGGCGAACAGGGGGCCCAUGCUAUCAUGGGUACGGAAGACCCGUGCCAUGCUACGAUGGCGAUUAUGGUUAUGGUGGUGGCAGGGUGUGUUAUGUGAGUCGUUGCGACGACUACUUCAGCGACGAAAAUGCCACGGGUUGCACAAUCAUGUGAUGUGAUGGAGGGAUAAUUCCCACUAGAUUGGUUUGUUUGUAAGUUGGUUCGCUUUACAAAUAUUGGGCAUAGAAAAGAAUCAAUAAUGUGGUUGGUAAUAGUGGCUAAAUCUAACGUUGGUGGCAUUGUAGUGUCUGUGUCUUUUGAAAUUGUCGAAGUGGGGUCACAUAUUGUUACUCUAAUAUAUAAAUGAAGUCUUUCUUUGCCAACUCAA